GGCCACUUUAAGGCAAACCUCCGAGAUCUGGAACUCCAGGUGGCUAGAGAGGACUUCCUGCGGUGUUUUGUUUUGGGCGGAUGUGACCUGUGUCCUCCUCUUCCUGGUCCGGCUUCUCUUCCAAACGCGGCUUCUUGGGAAACUCGUGCCUUUUGCUUUUCUUUUUUGGAGGAAAAGGAGAAACAUCUGAGGCGGAGUUCUUGGGUUUAGAGGGAAGAAACUGGAGGGAAGAUUCAAGAAGGAAAGGCAGAAAGCUCCAUGUGGAUGUUUCGACUGCUGCAGUAGAGUCUAGCAUUUCCCACCGUGUCAGGCUAGUAUUGUCCGAAGAUGAAAAUGGAGAUCCGAGAAGACCUUACAAGUCUUAUACCAGGGCAAGAGUCACGGGAAGUGAGAGGGAGCUGCCAUGUUGGGACGACGGAGGCAUUCCUGCCAAGGAGACCAACGGAGGUGAAACAGGAGCCCAACAAAGACUCUCUUCAGCAGUGGGAAACCCAAUGGCAGGAGUUCCUGAAGGGCCUAGAAGGCCCUCACCCAAACUGGGGCACCUCUCAGUCGAGGGAGGAGCCGUGGAAUGACGCCAAAGCCUUCCUGGCCUCCUUUGAGCAAGUGGCCCAAGCCUGCCGGUGGCCCAAGGAAGAGUGGGUGCCCCGGCUCCUGCCAGCAUUGAGCGGAGAGCCCAAGCGGGCCUUCACUGGCCUGGAGGCCGAAGGCAGGGAGGAUUAUGGGAAAGUGAAGGCCGCCAUCUUGCACGAAGAUGCCAUGCGGAGGGAGGAGCAGCGGCAGUGUUUCCGGCGUUUCUGCUACCGGGAGGCCGAGGGGCCAAGAAGUGCUUACGGGCAGCUUCAGGAACUGUGUUGCCGGUGGCUGAAAGCUGAAAGGCAUUCGAAGGAGCAGAUCCUGGAGCUGCUGGUCUUGGAGCAGUUCUUGGCCGUCCUGCCUCCAGAGAUAGAGGCCUGGGUCAAGGAAUGUGGUCCAGAGACUUGCUCCCAGGCGGUGGCCUUGGCAGAGGACUUCCUUCAGAAGCAGCGAGAGUCCAGGCGUCAGGCGAACCAGGUGUCGUUAGAGGAAGAGGAGAUGGUGGUUUCCCCUGAAGGUGUCCAAGCCCUGCCUGAGAUGGAGCAGAAGAAGCUUAGUGUGGAGACAAAACAGGAAGAUGACGAUGGGGAUGCUGCACUCUUGGGUGAUGAAAAUAAAAGUGAGAAUGAGGGACAACUAAGUGAGGAUUCCUCAGAAAGAACAGAGAGUGAAGCAUUGAAGGAGAAUUUUUGGAGCCAAGAUGGGCCAGUGAGCCAAGAUGAAAGCCACACGGAAGAGCCGGAAGAAACGUCCUUCCCAUUUCAGGUGGAAGACUCACAAGAAAUCUCAAUCCAGCAGGAAAGCGAGGAAGAAAAAAAGGGGUCUGCUUUCUCCAGUGUUCUUAGUAGACUUCACCCUGAGAAUGAAUCAGAUUUAAUGUUUGCAAAUACAUCAAGUUCCAACAUAUCCCUGAAUCAAAGUAUUCCUACAGAUAGGAGACAGUGUAUGAAUUCAGAUCUUGGUAAAAUGAACCAUCCAAGGAUCCCAAAAGGGAAGAAGCUGUUUAAAUGUUUGGAGUGUGGGAAAUGCUUUGGUUGGAGUUCACACCUUACUUCCCAUAAGAGAAUCCACACCGGUGAGAAGCCGUAUCAGUGCUUGGAGUGUGGGGAAUGCUUUGGUCAGAAGGCCCAUCUUAAGUCACACCAGAUAAUCCAUACCGGGGAAAAGCCAUAUCAGUGCUUGGAAUGUGGGGAAUGCUUUGGUCAGAGUGCUCAUCUCAAGUCGCACCAGAUAAUCCACACCGGGGAGAAGCCGUAUCAGUGCUUGGAAUGUGGGAAAUCCUUUGGUCGGCGUAACAGUCUCAAGACACACCAGAAGAUUCACACUGGGGAGAAGCCCUAUAAAUGUACAGAGUGCGGAAAGAGUUUCAGUCACCAGUCUACCUUUAUCAGACAUAAGAGAAUCCACACCAGAGAGAAGCCGUAUCAGUGCUUGGAGUGUGGGAAAUGCUUUGGGCAGGGGGCCACCCUCAAGACACACCAGAAAAUUCACACAGGGGAGAAGCCGUAUCAGUGUUUGGAGUGUGGGAAAUGCUUUAGUCAGAGUGCCAAUCUCAAGAAACACCAGAAGAUUCACACUGGAGAGAAGCAUUCACACUGGGGAGAAGCCCUAUAAACGUACAGGGUGCGGAAAGAGGUACAGUGACCGGUCCCCCUUUGUCAGACAUCAGAGAAUCCACACCAGAGGGAAACCGUACUCCUGUUCAGAUUGUGGGAAGAGUUUCAGCCAAAGUACUAGCCUGACUUUACAUCAGAAAAUCCAUGGUGAGAGAAGAUGCCUCACGAAAAUCAUCAUUUGCUGAAUGCUGGCAUGGCUGUGUUAGUCUUUUCACCGAAUGGAAUGGACAGUCUAGUGACCUCUCAAAAAGGAAUACCCUAUACCAGGCGUACUCACACUUUUAAAGCAGAGGGCCAGUUCAUGGUCCCUCAGACUGUUGGGAGGCUGCACUAUAGUUAGUAAAAAUAAUGAACAAAUUUCUAUGCA